AAAAAAGAAGAGGAGUGGUGGUCACAGUUUGUUCAACCUGAACAUUUUGAAGAUAUGAGAAUUUCUUCUAAAUUGAUACUUCUUUUCGGAAUUUUGAAAGAAUGUGAACAAAUUGGAGAUAAAGUGUUGGUGUUUUCACAAUCGUUGUAUUCAUUAACUCUAAUUGAACAAUUUCUUGAGAAAAUCGAUAAUGCAACACAAAACGGUAUAAAUUCAGACUAUAUUGAUGGACAUACUGGAAGUUGGUCAUUGGGUUUAGAUUAUUUUCGAUUGGAUGGUCAAACAUCUGCAGAAAAUAGAAAUAUAUGGUGCAAAAUAUUUAAUGAACCAUCAAAUACAAGAGCAAGAUUAUUUUUAAUCUCGACUAGAGCAGGUGGAUUAGGAAUUAAUUUAACCGCUGCUAAUCGUGUUAUUAUUUUUGAUGCAAGUUGGAAUCCUUCACAUGAUGUUCAAAGUAUAUUUCGUAUAUAUAGAUUCGGUCAGAAGAAACCGUGUUAUGUUUAUCGGUUUCUAGCAGCUGGAACAAUGGAAGAAAAGAUUUAUAAUCGGCAAGUAACAAAACUAUCGCUUUCUUGCAGAGUUGUUGACGAGCAACAAAUUGAACGUCAUUAUAGUAAUCAUGAUUUAAGCGAACUAUAUUCAUUUGAACCAAAUAUAAAUAAUGGAAAAAAACCGACUUUAAAUCUACCAAAAGAUAGAUUAUUAGCAGAAAUAUUUUUGAUAUAUAAAAAUUUUGUGGAAAAUUAUCAUGAACAUGAUUCUCUUUUGGAAAAUAAAGCAGAAGAAGAAUUGAAUGAAGAAGAAAGAAAGCAAGCUUGGUUAGAAUAUGAAGAAGAAAAGAAAGGAAAACCAAUGCCAUCAUAUUCAGCAAUUCCAACAAUCCUAAAUCAAUAUAAUGCAAUAUUAAAUCAAUACAAUGUACCAUCGACAUUUAAUAUUAAUACAGAUUACGAAAAACUUCGGGAACUUCUUCAAAAAGAUUAUCCUAAUGCAACACCAGAAACUCAACAAAUGAUGACCAAUCGUGUAUUGGCAGAUAUGUAUACUUAUUGGGAACGACAAGCUUAUCAAAAUUCUGCAAAUCAAAUAAUCAAUCAGAAUCCAAAUAUAAAUCCGCUACAAGUAAGAACUCAGGUACCCAACUUGUCCCAAAUGUCUUAUGCAAUGCAGAAUAUGAAUCAAAAUCUAAUCAAUCAACCAAAUGAUUAUAGGACAUCUGAUAUUAGAUCUGAUGACGAUGUUGUAGAGGUAAUAUAUUUGUAUAUUUGUGUAAUUAAUAUAUAUUAAUAAUAUAUAUAAAGUGUUA